CAGCCAAAGAACCAGGGAUGGAAUUUAAAAACAAACAAAGAACAAUAAGGUCUAGAAAUAUAAAAAAGGUUGAUCUCAAUGGUGAUGAAUGCAAAUCCUGCCCCAAACUUAAGAUUUUCCUACAGGCCACUGAGUUAGAAAACAAGUACAAACAAUUCCCUGUUAAUUACAAUACCCAUUUGCUAUCAACCUUCUAAAUGCCAUUCCUUUUUUAUCUUGGUUCUAUUUUCUAGAAUUCUUAGAACUCUAUUCUCCGAGGAGUUUUCCUAAAACCUUUUUCUGGGAUAGUAGAAUAUUUCCCUGCCUAAUAGAGAACACCUACCUGAUGAUAGGCACGUAACCAACUCAAACUGGCUUAACUAGUUGAAGUCCAACAUUUAUAAUUAACAUUCUCUCCCAACAUAACCUAAAAAAAAUCCUAAUGAUUUGUUCUCUAAUUUGUUUCUGGUAGCCCUAUGACAUGAGCCAGGGAGAUACAUUUUAUAGGUGAAUUUCAGGAUGUUGAGAAGUUAAGUCUUUACUUAAGGCCACUCAGCAGGUUUGUGGCAGUCAAGAUUAGAACUCUGUUCUUCCAGGUCAGAGCUUCCAGUCUGGGCUUUUACACCCUACUCCCAAGUUUUUGGUCUCUAAAAUAAAUAAUAUUUUAGGAAAAUGUAACUACUUUCCAAAACAAAAUAUUUGGUGAGAAGAGUGGCACUGAUUUACAUUCUUGCAAAUCUUUAAUGUCUGGCUUAAUAGAAGACAGCUGGAUUCUAUACAUGCUUUCUGCAUUCAAUUCUGUUGUGAUAUGUUGUUCUGGUUGAGCAUACAAAGAAAAUCUAGCCUUACACAGAUGUGUAAUUGUAAAAGGACGAAUAUUUUAAUAAACUUUUUAGCUAACAGUAGAUAUGCUUCUUAAACUAUACCAAACUUCAACAAGUAGCAGUUUCUUAAAGAUUGGUUGCAAAGUGGAAUCUGAAACUACAUCAAAGAACUUUUCAUACCAUUACAUUAAAAUCCAUUACCUAUAAGGGACCCAGAAUUCCUAGAGACAGAAAGUAGAACAGUGGUUACCACAGGCUGGAGGGAGGGUGGAGCGAGGAUUGCUGUUUAAUGAACACAGAAUUUCAGUUUGGUAUGAUGGAAAAGUGCUGGGGAUGAAAAGUGAUGAUGGUUGCACAACAACGUGAAUGUACUUAAUGCCACUAAACUGUACACCUAAAAAAUGGUAAGACAGAAAAUUUUAUGUUAUGUAUAUUUUACCACAGCUUAAAAAAUAUUACUCUCCCUUGUUCUUUGAAUGGAUUUUUUACCCAUGUAUGAUUUUAUAACAUCAUAUAACAUCAUAUAUUGGCCAUUUGGAAAAUAUUGGUUCAUUGAUAACAGUUAUACACAUCUUCCAAAUGUUGAUACACUUCAUUAUACAGUAUUAGAAAAUUAUAUUUGUUAAUAACACCACAGAUCUCAUCAGGAGAGUCUUUAGGUAUUGGGAAGCUGUCAAGCUCAUAGUGGAAGAUAUGAAAGAAGGUGUAGCAGUAGCAGACCGAUGCCCCUAAGCACUCAGCUGGCCUAGUUUCUGCCAUCACUUUCCCAUCCCAGAAUGACUCAGAGUCCAACCCGGCCCAGCGCCCAGAGCAACUGUUGUUUUCUCUGUAGCAUUUCAGAUCCUCCUCAAAGAUCUGGUUCAGGGAAGAAGGCACAUGAGCUCUUGUUGCAGAGGCAGUGUUAGUGUCCCAACUGAAAACACAUCAAGAGAAAUCAAAUUUUAUUAUCAAGACCCCAAAGGGCACCAGAGAUCUUACUCCCCAGCAGAUGGUUGUGAGGGAGAAAAUUCUUGAUUUGGUUGUUAGCUGCUUUAAACGUCAUGGAGCAAAAGGGUUGGAUACCCCAGCAUUUGAGCUAAAGGAAGUGCUCACUGAGAAGUAUGGAGAGGACUCUGGACUCAUCUAUGAUCUGCAGGAUCAGGGUGGAGAGCUAUUGUCCCUGCGCUAUGACCUUACUGUUCCUUUUGCUCGUUAUCUGGCCAUGAAUAAAGUGAAGAAGAUGAAACGCUACCAUGUUGGAAAGGUGUGGCGGCGGGAGAGCCCAACCAUAGUCCAAGGCCGCUACAGGGAGUUCUGCCAGUGUGAUUUCGACAUUGCUGGUCAAUUUGACCCUAUGAUCCCUGAUGCAGAGUGUUUGAAGAUCAUGUGUGAAAUCCUAAGUGGGUUGCAGCUGGGGGACUUUCUUAUUAAGGUCAAUGACCGGCGGAUUUUGGAUGGGAUGUUUGCUGUCUGUGGUGUUCCUGAAAGCAAGUUCCAUACCAUUUGCUCCUCGAUAGACAAACUAGGCAAGAUGUCUUGGAAAGAUGUGAGACAUGAGAUGGUGGCAAAGAAAGGCCUGGCUCCUGAAGUGGCUGAUCGAAUUGGGGACUAUGUCCAAUGUCAUGGUGGGGUGUCCUUGGUAGAACAGAUGUUCCAAGAUCCCAGACUAUCCCAGAACAAGCAGGCCCUAGAGGGCCUGGGGGACCUAAAGUUGCUAUUUGAAUACGUGACUUUAUUUGGAAUUGCUGAGAAGAUCUCCUUUGACCUAAGUCUGGCUCGGGGUCUGGACUACUAUACCGGAGUGGUCUAUGAAGCAGUGCUGCUACCGACCCCAGCUCAGGCUGAGGAGGAGCCCCUGAAUGUGGGCAGUGUGGCUGCUGGUGGGCGCUAUGAUGGGCUGGUGGGCAUGUUUGACCCGAAGGGCCACAAGGUGCCGUGCGUAGGGCUCAGCAUUGGGGUAGAGCGAAUCUUCUCCAUUGUGGAGCAAAAGAUGAAGACUUUUGGUGAGAAGAUACGGACCACAGAGACCCAAGUGUUUGUGGCCUCACCACAGAAGAACUUUCUCCAAGAACGAUUGAAGCUAAUUGCAGAGCUUUGGGAUGCUGGGAUCAAGGCAGAGCUGCUGUAUAAGAACAACCCUAAACUACUAACCCAACUGCACUACUGUGAGAACAUGGGCAUUCCACUGGUGGUCAUUGUUGGUGAGCAAGAACUGAAGGAAGGGGUCAUCAAGCUCCGUUCAGUGGCCAGCAGGGAGGAGGUGGCCAUUAAACGGGAAAACCUUGUGGCUGAAAUUCAGAAGCGACUAUCUGAGUCUUGAUCCUUGCCUGAUUGCCCUCUGCUGAUCUUUGUAGAAAGUGUUUCAUCUACGACUGAGUUCCUGAUGGACUUCACAACUCCUGGCCAGGAUGGGUGACAAAUACCUCUGCCUCCUCCAUCCUGCCUGGGUACAGAACUGUAGAAGAUCCUGAGGACUUCUGGGCUAGUGUGAGCAGCUAUUCUGCAUGAGUGCAGAUGGCUGGUAUGUGAAAGAGACAUGCUCUAGUGCAGAGGCUGAUGGCAGAUUUGAAGUGCCAUUGAAUGCUGCCAAGAGGUGCUGAGAUAGUUGCUGUGAGCAAAGCUUUGGGAAAGUCACUUCAGGCUGAGAGGAUUCUGAAUCACUGUGAUCAGAAGUCAGAUACUUAGCUUCCCACUAUGACUUCUGAACCGGAUUAUGGGGAAUUUAUCCACAACUUGCCCUUCGCCUGUCCAGGGAGCUUUUGGGAGACAGGAAGCACGGGUAAUGGCUACUUUCUUCUUUGUUUGAAGACAGAGAUAGUAUCCCAAGGGCAUAGCAGUGCCCAUAUUGAUGUGGCAUCUCUCUAGCCCAUCCAUUGUUAACAAUAUUAGGGUGAGGCUGUAUGUUUAAUAAUCUUGAGUGUUGAACUUAAUAGGUGACUUGACAGGAUGGAGGUCUGAUCUUUUGAGAUUUUGGAGACCAUUUCCUGUGCCAGAAUCAUUGCUGACUAUUCCAUGUUCUGCCAUGGAAGUGGCUGUUCUAGAAGUGGUUGGAUAAUAUAUUAAAUAAAAUAUUAAAUGUAGUAGUUUGGGUAAUUUGUUGUCAAGGGAUUGGUUUGCAUAGACCAUAGAAAACGCUUGACUGUACACUGGAAAAUUCUGUGAGCUAGGAGUAAUCGCCUUGGGGUGAUGCUUCUGUAUUCAGUGAAGAGAGCAGACACUCUUUCCCCCUGUCCCCACCCCCAGAUACAGUCAUGUUGCUAAAUCAACAUAGUGAGCCGUCUGCCAGAGUUCUUCACCCUAGAGUGUUGCUGAUGACUGGCCCUCCUAAGUCCAAUCAUGCUGAUUAAAUUAUGCCCUAUAGAUUGAAUAAGGUUCCUCAGUUGAAGGAGAAAAUGAUUUAACCGAAGGUGAUAGCAGUGCUUCAAGAUAAGGAGACAGUGCAAAAAGUGCUUUCCAUAUGUAUAUUGGGAAGGCUGCAGUCUUUGUAAACACUGCAGUGUUGUGGGGCCAUAUCGUUAGUGCAUACAGGUAAACGGGGUAUCUAGAGCCCCUAAUAACAGCUCUUUAGCCUUAAAGCAGGUUUAGAAACUCUUCGCAAUGCACACAAAGGUGAUUAGACUAGAUUAGAAGGCACUGAUCUGAACCUCAAUUCUCUCGUUUGUAAAACAGACGAGUUGAACUAAUUCAGACAGCCCUUCGAAGCUUGUUUUGAAAGCCAGGGCAAAAAAUGUUUGCGGACGCCCUUACUUCCGUAUCGCUUCAUAAUAUUCUUGCGCAUGCGCCACUUCCAUGGAGCAGAGGCGGGACAAACAAGCCUGUUUUAGAACCCCUCCAGUGCUUAGCUCGUUUAGAACGCGAGACUCGAAGCUUAUUGGAGGGCAAGCUUGCUUUACGGCUCAACAUUGCUUUUUACGGCAUUUUCCGGCUUCCCAUUCACUUCGCAGUGAAGAUGGCGUCGGGCAGCGGG